AUGGCUUUAGGAGAAGAGCGAGUCUGUUCUGGAUUCGGGACAAUGGGUUACGUGGGUAUUGAAUUGCUAAAAAUGAUGAAUGGAAUAGCAAAAAGAUGGAAACAGCUUAGUGGCAGGGAUCAUUGGAAGAACCUCUUGGACCCCCUCGACAUUGAUCUCCGAAAAUACCUCAUUCACUAUGGUGAGAGGGCUUCAUCAACCUAUGAUACUUUUAAUAUGGAGAUACUAUCAAAAUAUGCAGGAAGCAGCAGGUACGCCAAAAGGAAUCUAUUUGACAAUGUAGGCCUAGAGAAAGGGAAUCCAUACAAGUACAAAGUUGUGAAGUAUUUCUAUGCAACAUCUCAAAUCGGUCUUCCAGAUGCAUUCAUGUUGAAAUCAUCGGCUGAAAACCCGUGGUCCACAGACACCAACUGGAUAGGAUAUGUGGCAGUGGCCACCGAGGAGGGGAAGGUGGCGUUGGGGAGACGAGAUAUUUUGAUUGCUUGGAGGGGGACAAUCAAGCUGCAGGAAUGGCAAAAAGAUUUUGAUUUUCCACUGGUAUCAGCUUCCAAGUUACUUGGGAAAGCUUGUGGAGCUAAUGUGCACAAGGGUUUUCUUUCUAUUUACACUUCAAAUGAUCCACACUCACCAUACUGUAAAGUCAGUGCAAGAGACCAGGUUCUAUCUCAGGUGAAGCAAUUGGUAGAUCAAUACAAGAAUGAGGAUAUCAGCAUAACUUUAACUGGCCACAGUUUGGGUGCAGCACUUGCAACCCUAAAUGCAGUAGAUAUAGUUUUCAAUGGCAUCAACAAGUCCUGUCCCGUGACCGUAUUCGGCUAUGGAUGCCCACAAGUAGGCGACAUCUUUUUUCAAAAUAUUUUCCAUUCCAUGGACGACCUCCGUCUCCUCCGUAUCCGUAAUGCUCCGGACGUCGUUCCAUUCUGUCCGGGUCUCGUCGGGUACACGGAGGUCGGUGAACAACUGGUUAUGGAUAGCCGGAAGUCGAAUUUCCUGAAGUUCCCUGGAGAUAUUUCAAGUUGGCAUAACAUGGAGGCUGGUUAUUUGCAUACAAUUGCUGGAACACAAGGGAUUAUAGGGGGGUUUCACUUGGAGGUUAAAAGAGACAUUUCACUUGUGAACAAAAUGAGCUAUGCUCUGAAUGAUAAAUAUCUGGUGCCUGGGUUUUGGUGGAUUGAAAAGAAUAGGGGUAUGGUUCAGAUGGAUGAUGGGUCUUGGAAGUUGGAUGACCAUGAGAGAGAUGAUGAUGGGGGUUUGAGUAAUACUUUGGAAAUUUGA